AGCAAUCCAUCAACGGUCACUCUUAAACAGUUUUUGCAUUUUGGGCCGCACGUUUUUUCUUGAAAUUUUGAAAUUGAAUAAACAAAGAUGUUCCGCCUGCAACAAUCGCAACCCGAUCCCGCCGAGGAGCAGAAGCGCGUGUCCUCCGAAGUCCGCUUCAAUUUCAUCCUGUUUGGCACCAUAAUCGCGGUCGUUCGUCUGGCUCCUGUGGUCCUGCAGCAUUUAAACACGGCAUAGGCGUAAAGUUAACUACAUGAAGAAAGUUCAAA